AGGGAAGGAUACAUCACAAUCAGCUGACUUAGUGUUGAUGAGUGUGUUUGUGACAGUUUAAAGCUAGUUGUUUGGUUACUUAAAAAACACAUAUAUAUAUAUUUUUUUGCAUUUGCGUUAGCGAUUAGAUAGCUAUGUUACGACCGAAGGCGUUAACGCAGGUUCUCAGCCAAGCGAACACAAACGGAGUCCAGAGCACGCUCCUGCUCAAUAAUGAAGGUUCACUUCUGGCCUACUCUGGGUAUGGGGACACUGAUGCGCGAGUAACAGCCGCCAUCGCAAGCAACAUCUGGGCAGCCUACGACAAGAACGGCCACCAAGCCUUCAAUGAAGACAAACUCAAAUUCAUACUCAUGGAUUGUAUGGAGGGAAGAGUGGCCAUUACUCGUGUCGCCAACCUACUACUGUGUAUGUACGCCAAAGAGACAGUGGGCUUUGGAAUGCUUAAAGCCAAGGCAGAAGCAUUGGUGCAGUACCUGGAGGAACCAUUAACCCAAGUGGCCGCGUCAUAGUGGAGAUCCGAGUGUUGCUUCUGUCUGUCUGGAAAAGAAAGCGUCAUAUAAUCCAGGUCAUUCAUGGACUACUGUAAAAUUCUGUUUGUUCACAAAGUGCAUAAUGCAUAUAUAUCUAUGAGUGAGCGAGUGAAUGUGUGUGUGUGAUGGGGGUGGGGUCAUCAGUGUGCGUCAGUGUAUUUAUAAUCACGGUAUUGAAACAACUUGUAUGGGUUUGUGACUCUUGGCCCUCGCUUAUGAAUCUAUUGAUUUAGUGAUCUGCUGCACAAGGCCACGCAGUUUGUCAGUAGCAUGUCUGCGUAUACAACCAAUGAAAUGAUUCCAUUAUCAACUGGUGUCACAGUUGAUUCACUCAUUUGCUGUUUUAGCUCAGACAUGCUAAUUACAGUUUUGUAGAAAAUUGAACAUUUUCAAUCCUAUCAGUGGAUUAAAAUGCAUAAUAUGAAGUGUGUGUGGAAAGUUGAAUAAGAAUUUCUGUCUGAUAAAAUUCCAGUAAGCAUUAUUAGCUAUGUUGAGUUUCAAAGCUGUCAAAUAAACAAUACUAAACAAUCUUAUUUUUUGUUUAUCUUGAGGAAGGCGACAAAGUAUUCCUUUUGAAAGAAUAUGAUGCAGUUAAGAUGUAUUUAAUAGCAGUUUUGUUAUUGGCUAUUUCUGAAGUUUAUUAGUUCUGCAUUGUUUCUUAUGUUUUUUAACAUUAAUUUCUCAAUUCAUUACAGCAUAUUUCUUCCUGUAGAAAAUCACAGGAUACAUGUUUCAUCUUAA